UUCAGUAGCUGCAGUUGUGGUGUGUGGUUGGGAAAUUGUCGCCAAAUCCUCGAGCGAUAUCCUUUCAGCGGUUUACGGGCGCGACUCACGAAGGGAAAAAUUGACGAAGAACAGUCCUGCAGCGUCCAGGUAGCAGCGCGCACAGGUUGAGCCCUCUCCAGCAGCACUACUGCUCCCGGUCCACCAUCGCCCCUAAUCGCUAUGGUUUCCGCCGCAAUAAUCCCUCCGGCGCACACAUAUACAUACUGGUAUCUUCGUUGGAAUGAGGCAGAAUGUCCCGGCAACGGAUGUAAACAAGCUGCUACUACCCUGCCGCCCCGACUAGGGGAACCUCGUUUGCCAGGAUGAGUUGCUCCAGCGCAGGGUGUGGUGGAAUUCGGAGAGGGGGGGGGGGGGGGAAACGGCGUACCAUGUUUCUCUCUCUUCAGAUCGCGCGUUUCGCAUGCACGAUUCGUAAGCGCGGUUCUUCCUGCCGAUUCCGAUUCAGUUCGUUUCCGUCGAUUGGUGUAGCCUGUUGUUUCCGUUCUGCGAGUUUCCGCUGUGGGUUGCUGGGAAUUUUCUGCUUCUCCAUCACACCCUUGUUGGCGAUCGCUGGCGCGAUCACGAUUCGAUCAUAGGUUGUGUCGCAAAAGCCCAGAGUGAUAGCAAGUGACCCGCGAGCGGAACAUAUCCUUUGGGGUCAUCGGAACAGAGAGAGCCCAUCAAAUGGGCCACUAAGCGAUCCAGCAUCUUCCAUCAACCAGUGACUCAGCGAAACCGCGUGCUUUGCGGAUCCGGGACAACGUGUCAAUUGUUACGGUGCAAUCAUCACUCACAGCGGAGGAAGCCGUUUCACCAGCCAGCUGAAACCAUGCUAUCACCUGGCAACCUAGAUGAGAUUAAGGAACGUAUAAGCAAAAAUGAAGAGAAAAUCAACGUUCUUCAGGCGAUUAACAACGUUUUGAAGGAGCGCCAUGAGAUCGAGUCCAACUACAAGAAUCUCGCACACAAGUUUCGCGAGAUGCAGGAGGAAGAGGCACAUCGGCGCGCGAAGGUAUGUAGUGUACGUGACUGUUUACGGGGCCUACCGCACCCACAAACACUGCCAACUCACGCCACUGCCCGCGCUCUCCAACCCGCACACCUGGACGUUCCCUACUACACUCCACAGUUCGAUGAGGCGCGCAAGAAACAGCUGGCGGAGCUGCAGGCGAAGGGGGAGGCACUAUGUCGGGAGAAGGCGAAGCUGCAGCACCAGAUCGAGCACGUGACGUGGCACCUAGAGGGUUGCCGCCGUCGCCGACCGUGCCUAGCGCGGCUGCCGGAAAACUGUCCGCUCAAAGGCGACGCACCGAGUUGCCUGCCGCAUUCGCCGGAGAAAUUGAAAAUCAUGGCGAGCAUGAAGAGCACGGCUGACCACCUUGUACGGAGCAUCAUGGAUCUGAGGAAGAAGAUACACAUCGUGCAGGACAAGCUCGAGCACGAAGUCGCGCGCAAAAAGGAGAUGGAGAAAAAGUUGGCCGAGCUGCGGAAGGAGAUCUGUCGCCACAACAAGUGCAUGCAGCAGCAGCAGCAGCAACACCAGCAGCAUCAACAUCAUUCGCACCAUCACCAUGCGCAGCACGGACACCACCAUCAUCACCACCAUCACACGGUUCCAGGCGGUGGUGGUGGUGGCGCCGGGGGCGGCCAUGGUACCACAUCGCUGCCACCAAUCUCGAAAAAUUGCAUCGCGACCAAGUAGCAGCGAACGAAUUCCGAAAGCGUACACGCCCGUGCCAGCGUUCACAACAAGGCGUGUCCGCACGGAAAACACGUUAAGCUACCUAGACCCACGUCGAACACGGUUUCGUAAUCGCCAGUAUCUUCGUGUUCCCGUGGCGGAACUGGGAACUUAUCGAAUCGCUUUUUCCUGGUUUUCCGCUUGGCUUGAUAGCGGGAUGUGCUGCGAUGCAUACGCUCAUCCGCUCGGAAUUCGACUAAAUGCGCUCCGCGUUACGGGAGCUUGAUUAUUGCUCUUGGUUGCGAACCCGUGCAUACCACCGAAGCCGUGUUCGAAUUGUGCGUUUCAUUCUAGUUUGUCUCGAAACGCUGGCUCCACAAUAGAAGGAGGCGAUAGACGACAACUUGUCGCUCUGGGCCAUGUGCUUUGAUUUGUUUCUUUCCUUCGGCUUUCUCCGAGAGAACACCACGAAGGGGGUUGUUAAGGUUUUUUAGGUUUUAAGAGACAGAGCGACGUAGAGAGAGAGAGAAAGAAAAGAAGAAGAGGAAUAGUGAAAAAAGAGACGGAGAGAACCAACGCGUUAAGUUAUAGCGAACCCUAUCUUAGUUACUGGGCCUCGUUCGGUCCUACUUUUCGUUGCCUCAACUGUUCGUGCGAUACAAAGUUUAAAUUGUUAAUCACUCAUCGGCCGCAUCAAAUGCAGGCAUGCUCUAGCAUCACUUACCUUCCACAUGUCGCCGCUGGAAAUGGAAAUCAACCCGAAUGAGCCCGUCAGAUCUGAUCUAGAGCUAUGCCAUCGAUGGACGAUGCGCUGCGUUACUAUCGCCUAACGGUUUUGUUGAUUUUAGCAAGUGCACGAGAGAAGAAUUGCGAGGGAAAACGAAUCUCUAGUACAUUAAUCGUAUUACGUAUGUCCCGAUCUAGUUGGCGUAGUUAAGAGCGUUGUAAGGCUGAGGAAGAAAUGC